GCAUAAAUAUCAAUACCGGACGCAAAUGGAGUACCUUAACGAAAUACCGAGCAAAUUCGAGGUCAAAGGAAGCAACGCAAUCACUGAAUUCAACAAAUACUUGACGGGCAUCCAAGAAUUGGCGAAACGAGACAAUCUGACGAUCAUCUACAAGGUGAGAGUUGAAAUAGUGAACGGGAAGGUGAAGCGAUCGAAAAAGAAGCCAACGAAGAAAUCGAUAUCGAAGAAAUACAACGUGCCAUUAAAGAAGAAGAACAUGAAAUUGUCGAACUUCGAGAUGAUUUUGCGUAAACGCAUCAACGACAUCGAGCAACAGCAACAGCGGGCCGAGAAUUAUCUAUCGACAACGGAGAAACAGACGAUUCUGUUGACAACAAAGCCGCCUUCGUUAGGAAAAUAUAAGCCUAUAAUUAGGAGUGUGCGGACUAAUUACACGAAAAUCGUUAGGCCUGUGAGGAACAAGGUGAUAACAUUGAGUUAG